AUGGAAAAAAGCGCACAAGAGCCUAAUCCCUUCGACCAGUUGAUCAUAGAAUGUCACGAUGACCCUAAACAGAUCCAAACUCGAUAUGAGACCCAUCGAUCCAACCGCAAUGCGCAAUUCAAGGAUAAAAUCCUCGGUCCCGACUUCAAGGGCUGGCAGACUGAUGAGAUCCUGAGGAAGUUGCAUACACAUGCUGAAGCUGACGGCCAGACACGGCCAUUUGUCGAUCCUCGGCACAACCUGACGCUCUACGCUCGACCACCGCAGCAUAUCCGGAACCUGGUGGCUGAGAUCCAGCAGGAUAUUUGCGAUGUAGCUCCAAGCGUUUGGUUCACGCCCCUGGAGCAAUUGCACAUGACUACACUGGAGAUUGCCAGCUGUCGACCUGAGCCGGAGAUUGAAGGGUUGGUCUCUCGUCUUCAGGGCCAUGGCGUUGUGAUGGAUCUGGUGGAUUAUCUAUUCCACCAUCGGACGCGCCUGGUUAAACCCAUGGUCAGUUACGAUGCAACUGCGAUGGCGCUGACUUUUGUCCCGGCCGCCGGAGAGGGGACAACCACUACCCACAACGUGAAAGAUGAUGGGUACACAUAUCAUCAUCUGCGACGUGAUGUUUCUGGUAAGGUGACAGCGACGGGGUUACAAAUGAAGCCGAGGUACAUUGCCCUCUCAGCACAUAUUACGAUUGCACGUUUCAUCACGCAGGAUGGGUUUGUGCUAGAGAACCCUAAUCAAGGGGGAGGAGAGGUAGUGGACCAUGCGCGAGUGGCUGCAUUGGUAGAUAGGGUGGAGAAGAUUAAUGAGAAGCUCCGGGAGAAGUAUUGGUUUCGAGAAGACGGGGUCAUCUCCAUGAAGGGGGAAUGGCUUGUCAACGUUCCGAAAACCCGCCGGACGUACUGCAAGUCCAAGGAGUGCCACAAGCACACCCAGCACAAGGUCACCCAGUACAAGGCUGGAAAGGCCUCUCUGUUCGCCCAGGGUAAGCGUCGUUACGACCGGAAGCAGAGCGGUUAUGGUGGUCAGACCAAGCCCGUCUUCCACAAGAAGGCCAAGACCACCAAGAAGAUCGUCCUUCGUCUUGAGUGCACUGCCUGCAAGACCAAGAAGCAGCUCUCCCUGAAGCGCUGCAAGCACUUCGAGCUUGGUGGUGACAAGAAGACCAAGGGUGCUGCUCUUGUCUUCUAG